ACAAAAAGGCAAGAGCAGUAGAACAACACAGCAACAAGAGCUAGCAGAAUCACAAGAACCAAGCCAGCUAGCUGAUCAACAAGGAAUAAAGCUAAUAACCAAGCAGUUGCAUUGCCAGGGCAUGCCGACGAGAUCGUCAUCGGCAAUGGUGCAAGAGCAGCACCACAUGGCAAAGGAGAGAAGUCUAGAGAUGAAGGGUAGCGACCAUGGAGAAGGAGCGGAGGAGGUGGUGCUUGUAGGAGACGAGGAGGAAGAAGACAUGCUCCCCGGAUUUCGGUUCCACCCCACCGACGAGGAGCUCGUCACCUUCUACCUCCGGCGGAAGGUGGCCGGGAGGCGGCUCAGCAUCGAGAUCAUCAAGGAUUUUGACAUUUACAAGCAUGAUCCCUGGGACCUUCCAAAGUCAAGCACGAUUUCCGGGGAGAAGGAAUGGUACUUCUUCUGCCUCCGAGGGAGGAAGUACAGGAACAGCAUCAGGCCCAACAGGGUCACCGGCUCCGGCUUCUGGAAGGCCACCGGCAUCGACCGGCCGAUAUACUCCGCCGCCGCUGGUCGCGCCGGCGACCCCAUCGGCCUGAAGAAAUCCCUCGUCUUCUACCGCGGCAGCGCCGGCAAGGGCACCAAGACGGAGUGGAUGAUGCACGAGUUCCGCCUCCCGCCGCGCCCCGAAAGCCCCCACACCUCGCCCAGCGAGCAAGAAGCGGAAGUGUGGACCAUCUGCCGGAUCUUCAGGAGGAGCAUCUCCUACAAGAAGCAUCCGCAACAGCAGCAGGUCGCCGGCAAGGUGUCCACCGCCGGCGUCGCGCAGCCCGACUACUCGAGCUCCAUCACCGGCAGCCUCGAGUCGGACACCGGGGACGAGUACACGAACGGCAGCCUGCCGCCGCCGCAGGCUCCGGCGAUCAACAGCGUGAACGAUGCUGGCUACGGCUACAGCAGCCAGCAGUUUCAGGGGCAAUGGAACAGCAGCGCGCUGCACGCGGCGGCCACGGCCCCGCUGCCGUCGCCGACGACGAUGGCCGCGUUCCACCACGACGUGCUUAGUAGUAGCCCCGCCGCGCCGGACGACAUGUACUACAAGGAUGGGAGCAGCUGGGACGACAUCGGGAGGAUGAUGAUGGAGCUGACGGACGACAUGUUCUGUGACAGUAGAUAUGCCUAGGAGAGUUUGCAGUUGCAACCUUUGCAGGCUAGUUUUUGGUUCAGUGUCCAGAGCAGCUGCAGCUGCACACCAGCCACACCCAGCACUACUACUACUACUAUACAGCAGUGAAACUCGCCGACCAAACACAAAAACUGACAUGUGAGAUCUGCAUAGCACGUUCUUACAAGAGAAUACAUAUGUAGGAUAAAACCUAGAUAGUUCAUCUCAUUUUGUUGUCAAAUAUAUCAAUUCAUUGGGUAUUGUGUUGGAAAUUAUAUUGAG